GGAGCUGGGGGCGCGCCCAUCUCUGCUGGCUUCAGCGAGAGCCGUCGGCUCGGCCCCUCCCCGGAGCCGCUUUGUCCCGGGUGACGGCGGUGGAGGUUGUGGGGAGGAGAGGGCUAGAGGGAGAGACCCACGGAUCAAAAGACCCAGAGACCAGGAGGCGGGGCGAGCAGCGUACGGCCCUACACCCAGGCCCGCAGGCACCGUGCCCGCCCCCUACGCGCGCUCUCACCGGUGGCAGGUGAGCCAGCAGCGCCGCGCCCGCAGUCGCGGCCCCGGACGGACAGCUCGAGCCACCGUCUGUCUCUGCCCGCGCAUCGCGGACACCCAUCAGGAAUGAGAGGAGAAUCUUACUUCAUUGGCAUGAGGAGCCCGGGGCAGCAAGGGCACAUCCCAGAAGACGGAGGCCUUUUCUUGCUCUGCUGCAUAGACAGAGACUGGGCUGUAACUCAGUGUUUCGCGGAGGAGGCCUUUCAAGCCAUCACUGACUUCAAUGACCUCCCCAACUCCUUGUUUGCAUGCAACGUUCACCAGUCCGUGUUCGAAGGAGAAGAGAGCAAGGAAAAAUUUGAGGGUCUGUUCCGGACUUAUGAUGACUGUGUGACGUUCCAGCUAUUUAAGAGUUUCAGACGUGUCCGGAUAAACUUCAGCAACCCCAAAUCUGCAGCCCGGGCCAGGAUAGAGCUUCAUGAAACCCAGUUCAGAGGGAAGAAAUUAAAACUCUACUUUGCACAGGUUCAGACUCCAGAGACAGAUGGAGACAAACUGCAUCUGGCCCCACCACAGCCGGCCAAACAGUUUCUCAUCUCACCCCCUGCAUCUCCUCCUGUUGGCUGGCAGCCCAUCAGCGAUGCCACCCCAGUCCUCAACUACGACCUCCUCUAUGCCGUGGCCAAACUAGGACCAGGAGAGAAGUAUGAGCUCCACGCAGGGACUGAGUCCACCCCGAGUGUGGUCGUGCACGUGUGCGACAGUGACAUCGAGGAGGAAGAGGACCCAAAGACUUCCCCAAAGCCAAAAAUCAUCCAGACCCGGCGUCCUGGGCUGCCACCCUCGCCCUCCGUGUCCAACUGAGCUCACCGCUCCGCCUCGACAAUAAUAUCUGUCUCCUCUUUAUCACGCUUUUCCCCUCCUGUUGUUUGUUGAAAAAAAAUUGCCUUUAAAUCACUGGGUGUUCGGUUGUUUGAGAUUCCUCCCUUGUAAUUAAGCCUCUCAGACAAAAGGGCUAGGAAAGGUGAUAUGUUUCCUGAUCAUAUCAUACCCAUCAAGUGUAAUCCAUUAUUUAGCUAGAAGGUUCUAGGAAAAAAGUAGUAUUUUCUUAUUAAACAAUCAGCACAGCCUAUAUCUUCAUUCUCUCGUGGUGAUCCAAGCCAGAGACAUCAGUGACAAAUAGCACCUGUGUUGUUUGUGAGCCGUUUCGGUCCCAGUCCUGAUGUGCGUGUGUGUUGUUUAUUCCUGGCCACUUAAGUAGGACCAUAAUUAAACUUGACUUUGACUGCAUGAGAUAUCCCUAUCCGGUCUCACUCAGUCCUCUGCAUCCCGACAUUCCCAGGACAUGCAUGAUCACCAGCAUUUAUUUUCAUGAUUUGAGGAUGUACUAUUGACUCACAGAUUGUCAGCAUCCAGCCAUGUCCUACGUAGAUUAGGAAAAGUAUCAGCAUCGUCCAGCUCAACAAGUCUGGGUGCAUUCACUACUCUGAGUCAAUACUUCAUAGCUCUAUCAGAAUUCCUGGAGGCAAAAUUGAGCUUGGCCCCAAAGAUAUUCCUCAGUAGAUUUUUGAACACCACUUCCAUAUAGAACUUCCCCAGCCUCGUUGGGGAGGCUGGUCCAGGAUGAUAGAGACUGAUUUCAGACAAACCUAUUUAUUACAGAAGUUUCAUGGUGUCUGAACGAUUGUUUUUUCUCUUUGUAUAUUUGUACAAAUGUUUCAGCUGUGCUUUUAAAAUCUGGAUGUUUUUUAUUUAGUGAUUGCUCAGCCAUUUGCUGCUUAAAAGCAUAAUAUGUGCAUUGCUUAUGAAUGCAUUCAUAUACUAAUGCUGAUAAUCAGAUAAUAUUACAGUCUAUUAUGGAUAAUGCUGAAUUUUGAAAGGGCAGAAAACUUCUCAUGCCAGUAUCUAAAUGAUUAGCCAACAUCUUUGCUAUCAAGACGACUUGUUUUAAAAUAAAGAUGCUAAUGUCAGCUGUAGACAAUGCGGAUGAAGCCAAAUCUCCAGAAUGUAGCAGCUGCUGAGCGUAUUGAGAGGCAAAGGAUGGUAGGUAAAUGUACGCCGACACUACUCAUGCAAUGCCCAUAUGCCCAGAAACCUAUUUGUUUUCGUCACAUGUGAUUUUUCUAUUUCUCUAGCCCAAAGUGCAUUACAGAGCAUACACCGAUAGAACCAUUACCUUCUGCUCCAUGUGCCAGGCCUCGUCUACUCCUGUACUUUAAUGAAUUACUUUAGAUGCAAAUGCCAAUUACGACGGAGUGGGGAAAUACUUUCAUUACCCAAGCCUCAGAAAAACACGCGAGAACAAGAACACAGCCAACCGAUAGAAGGACUGUUGUGGUUUUUGACUAAGGUGUAUGUUAGUUUUAUCAGAAACUUAAAACAGACUGAUCACUCAGAAAUUAAAGUCCGUUCUACUGUGAAUAUAGCAAUAUAGUACUGGACACAGUAUAGGUGAAACUGAGGACAGCAUUGCUUGUAAAGUCCCGAGUUUUCAUAAGAAAAAUGAAGGCUCCUCUUAAAAAUAAGAUCUGAGGAGUGUAUAAUAAGCAAAUGCUUUUGACUUUCCUUUGCUGCGGAGGUUUUCGGUGUUUCUCGGACGAACAAGAGAUGAGCCGCACUAGUGGGGAGAUGUCGCCCUCUAGUGGCAGACACGCCGCCCUCCGCUAGGGAGCCGGACAGAGAAGGGCCGCUGCCGGCCAUUUUGUGCUGAAUCUUCCCAGUCAUCUGCAGGUUGACUUUUUCAGAUACUCAGAAUUUUCAGCAUGCAGGUCUUAAGGAAAGUCUGGAUGAGAGAAAAUAUUUGCAAAUGGCUUUUCAAUGCUUAAAAACACAUACAUAAGGCACUUCCAACCAAAUUUAGUAAAAGUUGAAACGACCGGUCUGUGUAGCCAUAAAAUAAAAGCUCAGUGGAGUGUGUGACCUAAAUGGUUAGUUUUGCUGAACUUGACCGCAAAGUGUCCGUGUGAAUUGGUCUCCGAUGAAGCAAUUCUCUCACUAGAUUGGGCUUUCGGAGGGAGAAGAGGGACUUUUCGCAGGAGGCGGGAAGCGGUUCAGAGGAAGCUCCUAGCACUGUGCAAGUCAGAACUGCCUCAGCAUUUCCAUGACGCACAUUAUGCAAACCUCUUUAGCACUAUUUUAAGUUUGAAGAGUUUAAAUAUGGGGGGAGGGGGUGAUUUCCACCAACUGAAUCAUUUGUGCACGUGCAUAGCUCAAAGAGCUUCUACUUCAAAUAAACCUGGUGAAUGAC